AUGGCUCAAAACGCGUCUGACCCGCCCAUGCGUGCCACCAUCGAAUACGACAACGGCAAGACCCUCAUGGCACAGGGACCACAGGCGCUGCACGACCACGUCGCCUCCCGUAUGGAGAAAGCUCUGGGCAAGAGCCUCCCGCAGAUGGAGGUGCGAUUCCGAGACGUCUCCAUCUCGGCCGACAUCAUGGUCAAGAACGAGACCGACGCCACAGUCGAGCUGCCAACGCUGAUCAACGUCAUCAAGACCGGUUUCCGUGAAAUGCGAUCCAGCAAGCACGUCGUCAAGAAGCAGGUGCUCAAGAACGUCAGCGGCGUCUUCAAACCCGGUACGAUCACGCUGGUGCUCGGCCAGCCCGGAUCCGGCAAGUCCUCGCUCAUGAAGCUGCUCAGCGGUCGGUUUCCCGUCGAAAAGAACAUCACCGUAGACGGACAGGUCACGUACAAUGGCACACCGGCCAACGACAUGCAGAAGCACCUCCCGCAGUUCGUAUCGUACGUGACACAGAGAGACAAGCACUACUCGCUGCUAACAGUCAAAGAGACGCUUCAGUUCGCACACGCCUGUUGCGGUGGCGGUCUAUCGAAGCGAGAUGAACAGCACUUCGCCAACGGUACACUCGAGGAGAACAAGGCCGCUCUGGAUGCCGCCAGAGCCAUGUUCAAGCACUACCCAGACAUCGUCAUCCAGCAGCUUGGACUCGACAACUGUCAGAACACCAUCGUCGGUGACGCCAUGACCCGUGGUGUGUCUGGAGGAGAACGGAAGCGUGUGACGACGGGCGAGAUGGAGUUUGGCAACAAGUACGUGAGUUUGAUGGACGAGAUCAGCACGGGUCUGGACAGUGCCGCCACCUUCGACAUCAUCACCACACAGCGCAGUAUCGCCAAGAAGUUCCGCAAGACGGUCGUGAUCUCGUUGUUGCAGCCGUCGCCUGAGGUGUUCGACCUGUUCGACGACGUGGUGAUCCUGAACGAGGGCCACGUCAUGUACCACGGUCCUCGUGCUGAGGCUUUGGGCUACUUCGAGAGUCUGGGCUUCAAGUGUCCUCCUCGUCGCGACGUCGCCGACUUCCUCUUGGAUCUUGGAACCAGCAAACAGUCUCAAUAUGAGGUCCAAGUCGCUCCAGGCGUCAGCAUUCCACGUACGUCGAGUGACUUUGCCGACGCUUUCCGGCGCUCGUCCAUCUACCACCAACUGCUCGUUGAUCUCGAGAGUCCCGUCCACCCUGGUCUCGUCCACGACAAGGAGCUGCAUAUGAACGCUCAGCCAGAGUUCCACCUGAACUUCUGGGACAGCACCGCCUUGCUCAUGAAGCGGCAGAUGCGAGUCACACUGCGUGAUUCGGCCGCACUCGUGGGCCGCCUGCUCAUGAACACCAUCAUGGGACUGUUGUAUUCCAGCGUCUUCUACCAGUUCGACCCCACCAAUGCUCAGCUGGUCAUGGGCGUCAUUUUCGCCUCCGUGCUGUGUCUGUCGCUGGGUCAGUCAGCUCAGAUUCCUACCGUCAUGGCUGCUCGUGAUGUGUUCUACAAGCAGCGCGGCGCCAACUUCUUCCGAACGGCAUCGUACGUGCUUUCGAGCUCUGCCAGUCAACUGCCUCCCAUUCUACUGGAGAGUAUCGUGUUCGGCUCCAUCGUGUACUGGAUGUGUGGCUUCGUGGACACGAUCGGGGCCUUCAUCCUGUUCCUCAUCAUGCUGAGCAUCACGAACCUCGCCUGCACGGCCUUUUUCUUCUUCUUGGGCUCCGCCGCGCCGAAUUUCAGCGUGGCCAACCCCAUCUCCAGCGUCUCGAUCCUCUUCUUCAUCCUGUUCGGAGGCUUCGUCAUCACCAAGGAUCAAAUCCCCGAUUAUCUCAUCUGGAUCUACUGGAUGAACCCCAUCGCUUGGUGUGUGCGUGCUCUGGCUGUCAACCAGUACCGUGACUCAACGUUCGACACGUGCGUCUACGGCGACAUCAACUUCUGUGAAAACUUCAACCAGACCGUCGGCGAUUACUCGCUCAGUACGUUCGAGGUGCCGACUCAGAAGUUUUGGCUCUGGUACGGCAUCGUGUUCAUGGCGGCCGCGUACGUUUUCUUCAUGUUCCUGUCGUAUCUUGCGCUGGAGUUCCACCGAUACGAGAGUCCCGAGAAUGUCACGCUCGACUCGGAGGACAAGAACACUGCGUCGGACAACUUCAGCUUGAUGAAUACCCCUCGCAGCUCGCCCAACGAAAGCGACGCCGUGGUCUCGGUCGCUGCCGACACGGAGAAGCACUUCGUGCCUGUUACUAUUGCGUUCAAGGAUCUGUGGUACACCGUUCCGGACCCGGCUAACCCCAAGGAAACCAUCGACCUGCUCAAGGGUAUCAGCGGAUACGCUCUACCCGGUACCAUCACGGCACUAAUGGGCUCGUCCGGUGCCGGUAAGACGACGCUUAUGGACGUCAUCGCCGGACGGAAGACUGGAGGCAAGAUCGCCGGCCAGAUUCUGCUGAAUGGCUACCCGGCCACUGACCUGGCUAUCCGUCGAUCCACGGGCUACUGCGAGCAGAUGGACAUCCACUCCGACUCGUCUACUAUCCGCGAGGCGCUCACGUUCAGUGCCUUCCUGCGUCAGGGAGCCGAUGUGCCCAACAGCUUCAAGUAUGACUCGGUGAACGAGUGUUUGGAAUUGCUGGACUUGCACCCGAUCGCCGACCAGAUCAUCCGUGGCAGCUCCGUGGAGCAGAUGAAGCGAUUGACUAUUGGCGUGGAGCUGGCAGCUCAACCGAGUGUGCUGUUCCUGGAUGAGCCGACGAGUGGCCUGGACGCUCGCUCUGCCAAGCUCAUCAUGGACGGCGUCCGGAAGGUGGCGAACACGGGUCGUACCGUGGUGUGCACGAUUCACCAGCCGUCGACGGAGGUGUUUAGUGUGUUCGACAGUCUCCUACUACUGAAGCGUGGUGGCGAGACGGUGUUUGCCGGUGAACUUGGCAAAAAUGCGUGUGAGAUGAUUGCGUAUUUUGAGUCGAUCAAUGGUGUGACGAGACUAGAGGAAAACUACAACCCUGCGACGUGGAUGUUGGAGGUGAUCGGUGCCGGCGUGGGCAACAGCAAUGGCGACAAGACGGACUUCGUCAAGGUCUUCCAGGCCAGCAAACACUUUGAUUUCUUACAGUCGAACCUGGAUCGUGACGGUGUGACUCGUCCGUCGCCGGAUUUCCCUGAGCUGACGUACAGUGACAAGCGUGCUGCGACAGAGGCGACCCAGAUGAAGUUCCUCAUGCAGCGCUUCUUCAACCUGUACUGGCGCACCGCGUCGUUUAACUUGACUCGAUUCUUCGUGUCAUUGGUGCUGGGUCUCGUCUUCGGUGUCACGUACGUCGGUGCCGAGUACACUUCCUACUCGGGUAUCAACUCGGGUAUGGGCAUGAUGUACCUGGCCGUGGGGUUCCUCGGAAUCGGGUCAUUCAACAGCGCCUUGCCCGUCGCGUCGCAAGAACGCGCGGUCUUUUACCGUGAGCGAGCAGCGCAGACGUACAACGCGUUCUGGUACUUCUUCGGGUCGAGUGUGGCCGAGAUCCCGUACACGUUCCUGGCCGUGCUGCUGUUCAUGGCCACGUUCUACCCCAUGGUGGGCUUCACUGGCUUCGGAGACUUCCUCACGUUCUGGCUCACCGUGUCACUGCAAGUGUUGUUGCAAGCGUACAUCGGCGAGUUCCUGGUCUUUCUACUACCGAGCGUGGAGGUGGCCCAGAUUCUGGGAAUGCUCUUGGCUCUGAUCUGUCUCCUGUUCAUGGGCUUCAGUCCUCCGGCCGGUGACCUCCCGACGGGCUACAAGUGGCUGUACCACAUAACUCCGCAGAAGUACACGAUGGCGGCCAUGUCCACGAUUGUGUUCGGCAACUGUCCUAGCGACGGCGAUGGAAGCGAAGUCGGGUGUGAGCAAAUGACGAACGUGCCGCCGUCUCUUCCUUCGGGUCUCACGGUGAAGGAUUACUUGGAGGACGUCUUCCUAAUGAAGCACAGUCAGAUCUGGCGCAACUGUGCCAUCGUGCUCGCGUUCCUGGUCUUCUUCCGCGUGCUCACGCUUCUAGCCAUGCGCUUCGUGAAUCACCAGAAGCGGUAG